CCCCUCAUCCUGCCUCGAUCGCUUCACUGCAGCUACACACGAGUACAAAUAACAGAUUGGUUGGCACAGCAGCUUACGUGCGUGUCUCUGAUUCUGCAGUGAUGUUUCACCAGCGCCAGGUAGCCUCUGCUCAAAGGUAGCAGGUAGAUUGUCUGUAUCAGUCAAUGCUGAUGUAGAUGCGGAUUGGCUUGUUUCCGCCCGCGGGGCUCCAGGCUCCACCUCUCUAUCAGAUUCCUGCUCGUGCUGCGCUUGUUGCAGUGAGCGUGGAGUGUUUGUGCGCUCUCACGUUACGCGUAUGAAGUUGUGGACUAGAGGAUAUCCUAGACAUACAGCCACUUAGAUGAGGAUGAGAGUACAUUCUCCCUUCGGUCGUUUCACUCUUUAAGCUGGGAAAUACAACUAAGUCCUCGGAUUGCGGCUGAGAAAAAGCAGGAAAACGAGUUUGUGGCAUUUAACUGAGGGACCAAGCAUACCCAACAGUAUGCGGUGCAGUUAUGGCAGGCAAGGGUAAGACCGUCGUGAGGACGCUGGAGGAUUUAACGCUUGAUUCUGGUUAUGGUGGAGCUGCGGACUCGGUCAGGUCGUCCAGCGUGUCGCUGUGCUGCUCCGACACGCAUCAGUCCAUCGCGCAUGGGGGCAACUGCUGGCAUCUGACCGAAUCAAUGCACAGCAGACAGAACAGUUUGGACACAGUCAACACCGUCCUGGCGGAGGACACGGAGAUACUGGAGUGCUCGGGUCAGUGCGCCAAGCUGCCCGAGCUGGAGGACGUGCCAUGGAGCCUCGGCGAGGUGGAGGGCGCACUGAGGAAAGACGAGGAGCUGAUGGUGGGCAACCCGCCACCGGAGGUCCUGGCGCGGCUGUCGGCUCUCAUCAGCCGCGCGCUGGUGAGGGUGGCCCGGGAAGCGCAGCGGCUCAGCCUGCGUUACGCCAAGUGCACCAAGUAUGAGAUCCAGAGCGCCAUCAAGGUGGUGCUCUCAUGGACCAUCUCUGUCAACUGCAUCACGGCGGCUCUCAGCGCCCUGUCCCUCUACAACAUGAGCACCGGGGACAAGUUCAGCCGAGGCAAGUCGGCGCGCUGCGGGCUGGUAUUCUCCGUGGGGAAGUUCUUCAGGUGGAUGGUGGAUAGUCGCGUGGCCCUCAGGAUCCACGAGCACGCUGCCAUAUACCUCACCGCCUGCAUGGAGAGUCUGUUCAGAGAGGUGUUCAGCCGCGUCCUGCGCAGCGCGUUGGUGGAGAGGGACAACGGGAUCCCCAAGUUUACGCUGGAGUCACUGGAGCAAGCCAUCAACAACGACUCGGAGAUCUGGGGUCUGCUGCAGCCGUACCAGCACCUCAUUUGUGGAAAGAAUUCGAGUGGUGUGCUGAGCCUGCCGGAGAGUUUGAACCUGCACCGGGACCAGCAGCGCUUAGGGAGGGGGGGUGAAGGUCAGGGAUACACCCAGGCCGAGCUCCGCACGCUGGAACAGUCGCUGCUCGCAACCCGGGUGGGCAGCAUCGCAGAACUGAGUGAUCUGGUAUCCCGGGCCAUGCACCACCUCCAACCCCUGCACAUCAAGAACCCCAGCAACGGGACUCCGGUCCACCAGAAGACCACCAACAUCACAGUGCACUGGGAGCCCGAGGCCCUCUACACACUGUGUUACUUCAUGCACUGUCCACAGAUGGAGUGGGAGAACCCCAACGUUGAGCCAUCCAAAGUCACUUUACAGACUGAGAGGCCGUUCCUGGUACUGCCUCCGCUGAUGGAGUGGAUCCGGGUGGCUGUCGCCCACACCGAGCAUCGACGAAGCUUCUCUGUGGACAGCGAUGACGUGAGGCAGGCCGCCAGGCUGCUGCUCCCCGGUGUGGACUGUGAACCACGACAAAUAAAAGCGGAGGAUUGUUUCUGUGCCACGAGAAAGCUGGAUGCCGCCUCCACAGAGGCCAAGUUCCUGCAGGAUUUGGGCUUCAGGAUGCUCAACUGCGGACGGACGGACCUGGUCAAGCAGGCCGUGAACCUGCUGGGGCCCGAUGGCAUUAACAGCAUGAGCGAACAGGGAAUGACCCCUCUCAUGUACGCCUGUGUACGCGGUGAUGAGGCCAUGGUUCAGAUGCUGCUCGACGCCGGAGCCGACAUCAACAGCGAGGUGCCAAGCACAGUAAACAAGCACCCCUCAGUUUAUCCUGAAACACGCCAGGGGACGCCACUCACUUUCGCCGUGUUACAGGGACACAUCCCUGUCGUGCAGUUGUUGCUGGAUAACAGAGCGAAUGUGGAGGGCGCCCUGCAGGAUGGGGCAGAGAACUACACGGAGACCCCGCUUCAGCUGGCCUCUGCUGCAGGUAACUUUGAGCUGGUGAGUUUGCUUUUGGAAAGAGGGGCCGACCCCAUGAUCGGGACCGUGUGUCGAAACGGCAUCUCAUCUGCCCCGCUGGGAGACAUGAACUCAUACAGCCUGGCAGCAGCACACGGUCACAGGAAUGUAUUUCGUAAGCUCCUGUCCCAGUCGGAGCAGGAAAAAGGGGAUGUUCUGUCCCUGGAGGAGAUCCUGGCCGAGAGUUCGGAUCCCGCGGUGAAGAGAUUGGCGCCACAGGCCAACGGCGGAGGGACACUGCGAACAGGAAAGGCCAGACUGAGGGCCCUGAGAGAGGCCAUGUACCAUAGCGCAGAGCACGGCCAUGUGGACAUCACCAUAGACAUCCGCAGCUUAGGUGUUCCCUGGACACUGCACACCUGGCUCGAGUCCCUGCGUACCUGCUUCAUCCAGCACCGCCGGCCGCUGAUCCAGGGCCUGCUCAAAGACUUCAGCUGCAUCCAGGAAGAGGAGUACACAGAGGAGCUGAUCACGCACGGCCUGCCGCUCAUGUUCCAGAUCCUCCGAUCUAGCAAGGUCACCGGGGCUUUCUUUCAUGUUCAUGUAAACAAAAUGCUUGUUGAAACAUCCGACAAAAACGAGGUGAUAAGCCAGCAGCUGUCAGUCAUUUUCACCCAGUGCUACGGGCCCUUCCCCAUCCCUAAACUGACAGAGAUCAAGAAGAAGCAGACCUCGCGCUUAGACCCCCACUUCCUUAACAACAAGGACAUGUCUGAUGUUACUUUCCUGGUGGAGGGGAAACCGUUUUAUGCACAUAAAGUUUUGCUGUUUACAGCUUCAGCCAGGUUCAAGUCACUGCUCCAGAACCGGCCGGCAGCAGAGAACACCUGUAUCGAGAUCAGCCAUGUCAAGUACAAUAUUUUCCAUUUGGUCAUGCAGUAUCUGUACUGUGGAGGCACUGAGUCUUUGCACAUACGCAACACUGAAGUCAUGGAGCUCCUGUCUGCAGCCAAAUUCUUCCAACUUGAGGCCCUUCAGAGACACUGUGAGAUCAUCUGCUCCAAGAACAUCACCACGGAAACCUGUGUGGACCUCUACAAACAUGCCAAGUUCCUUGGUGCCUCGGAGCUCACAGCUUUCAUCGAGGGUUAUUUCCUGAAGAACAUGGUGCUGCUGAUUGAACUCGACGGCUUCAAGCAGCUGCUGUACGAACCUCCUCCUGCAGAGAGCCCCGCGUCCAGCCCCGGCAUCUGCUCCGACAUCCUCCUCGACCUGGAGAAAACUCUGGCCACGCGCAUCCACUCCAUCCACCUCUCCACCUCCAAGGGCUCCGUGGUGUGACGUCGUCCUCUCCGAAGCCCUCCGAUCCAGGCACAGCAUCCAUGUAACACCACCUCUAACAUCCAGUGCCCUGCUAUACAGCCCCAUCCACCCCUCCUGGCCCCACUGCUGAAGAGGGGCUGUCGGAUGUUUUUAUGUCAGGGAUUCCCUUUAAUUCUGCCUGUUGCAGCAUCCCUCUUCCCCACCACCACCUUCCCUCCCUCCCGAGGGUUAAUGAUGGCAUACUUUACAAAAUCAGAGAGAGAACUUUCUCGCUUUGUCAGAGGCUUGAACUCUGUUGUCCUAAUGGCUCCCGCUGAUCACUUUACACCCCUACAGUAACAAAAACUGUCAAAAAAAGACAAAAACAGAACUGACUCAACCCAGCAGUAUCACUUAGACCUAAUCGUGAUUAUGAAACCUAUUGUAUUUCAUAUACGGUACAUGCAUGAAAUACAUUCUGUACACCUUUUUUCGCUUAAAAAGGUAGAGUAGAAUUUUAACUCAAUAAAAGCAGCUUUCUCAUCAUCUCUGAUAUGAGACUUUAGGUUUACAAACAUAACUUUAUGGAAGUGGAUGCCAUUGCAGUUUAAAGUUUGACACAUGCCAAAAUAUAAUCCUACUAUACAACCAAUAAAAGUAGCAAUGCCAGCAGGCGGACUUUAGGUGGACUUGUUUGAACUUCUUUACAUUUCAUUCUGUCACUUCUAUGUUGGAUACGUUUCACUGUGUUAUAUCUACUGUGUGCAGAGGCCAAACUGAUCACAGGAACUUCCACCGUGGCCGACACUGCAGCACUGAUUAAAGCUGGCCCACUCAGUGAAAUCUAUGCUGACGUAUGCUUGAAACAUGGAUGUCCAACUGGGAAAUUAACUUGUGAGAACUCCACAAACACUGUCGACGUUUUUUGCAUGACACCUCCUCAACUGAGCUGCCCUGAUAUUGCUUUUUAUGCAGAGCUUACUUCACGGACCACUUUCGCAAGGGGAAAACGCUGCUUAUUAACUUUCUAGCCACUGCAAAACUGACUGAGUGGGAUUUGGAGAUGGAUUUUGAUUGGCAGGGACUUUCUCUUUAAAGAUAUUUAAAGCAAAGUGUAAAUACGUCCUUAAAGUCAUUGUGCUGGUCGUUCUUUUUUUUGUAAACUGAUGUACAGUAUUCUCCUACACUCGCUUGGCUGAUGACACCAGUCUCAUUGAAUGUGCUCCCUGAACAGUUUGUUCCUGCUGUAUGUGUCUGUUUAUGCAAAGUUGCAUGUUUUAUCUGUUUGUUUGAAUCCUCCGUUUCGCUUUAGGUGUGCUUUCUGUGUAGAUUGUAGGGCUGAGCUGUUGAUUGUUCCAGUUGAAGUCCAGUCAAAGGAUGUUCCCUUAAAUGAUUUCGCUAUUUCUGAUACAUUCCAAAUAAUCAGGGUAGAUCACGAGAUAAAUUUAAAGUCACUUUCUGUUUUAGGCUUCACCUCAGUUGAAUUUCUCAAGAACAUCAAUUUUGUGAAAGAAAGGUUGAAUUCCCACACUCUGUCAGCGCUGAGUUUAUUAGAGACACAACAAUGUUAGUGACUCAUGAAGUACAUCCCAUCCACCUGUUUGUAUUCACAUUUUCAAUUUGUGCAUAAAAACUUCU